CUUAAAACAAAAUGACACAAAUUCCCAUUCUAAAGACAUAUAACUGCACUCAACGCACAUUUUACAUAGCAAGCACCAACAAAAUAUGGCACACUCUCAACUUCAAAAGGAGGAAACUGAGGUUCAUAUCAAGGCUUCUGCUGACAAGGUUUAUGAUGUUUUCUGCAACAAAACAUACCUUGUUGCCAACAUUUUUCCUGAAAUAGUGCAAUCUGUUGAAAUUCAACAAGGUCAAUGGGGGACUGACAAAUCCAUCAUCAUCUGGACUUAUUUUCAUGAGGGUAAAACUAGUGUGGCCAAGGAGAUUGUUGAAGACAUUGACAAGGAAAACCAUAAGAUGAGCUUUAAGGUUAUAGAAGGAGAUGUGAUGGAACAUUACAAGAGCUUAAAGUUUAUAAUGCAAGCUACUCCAAAGGAAAAGGGAAGUGUUGUGAAUUGGGUUGCGGAAUAUGAGAAACAAAAAGACACCAUUCAUGACCCUCGUACCUUGUUGCAAAUUAUAGUUGAAGAGACCAAAAAGAUUGAUGAAUACCUUACCAAGAACCCUAACUAAAUCAAUGUGUCUCCUAUGUCUUAUGUUGGGAAAUAAAAAUUGAUGCUUUAUGGAUCAUAAUUGCCCUUUCUUAUGCAUCAAUUAUAUAUGUUAAAAACUUGAUAAAUUUCUUCAACCACACCUAAGUGGGUACUUAAUUAUGUUAUGUUGUUGUAUUAUUUGUGCGGUGUGUUCUUGUAAUAACCUAUGUGGUAUUUAAGUAAUUGCAUAUCACUUAUCAAAUUAUGUUCAA